AUGAGCUUCGGCGGUAUUACGCCUCCGCCCACGUUCUUAUCCACUCCCGGCAAGCCUAACGUUCCAUGGACGCAAUGGAGACAACUUUUCUGCAAUUUCUUGGGAGCCUCAGGAGCUGAGGAAUCCACAUCAAAAAGGAAGAAGCAAAUCCUUCUACAUUGCUUGGGGAUAGAAGCCCUUCGCAUUUAUAAUACGCUUCCAGAAGUAGUACACGAAGCUGCGCAAACUGCAUCACGUGAAGCCGGCGCAACACCGUCUACAAGUACCGUGUCAGGUACAGUGACGCCUGUCCCUGACGAGUACGAAACGGCCCUACGUACUUUAGAUGCUUACUUCGCUACCACCAUCAACGUGGUGACGGAACGCCACAACUUCAGGAGAAGAACUCAGCUACCGGGCGAGAGCAUUGACGAUUUUGUUUUGGCCUUACGGGAGUUAUCCGCUUCAUGCAACUUUGGCGCCCAAACUGAAGACAACUUGCGAGACCAAUUUGUACAAGGAGUAUAUUCGCAGCAAAUACGUGGGAGGCUUCUCCUUGACGGAUCGGCUCUAACGUUUUCUCGUGCCGUGGACAUGGCAAAGCAUUGUAAAAGGGUAUCGGACGAAACCCAGUCCUUCGUACAUGGUGAUGUCGUUCAAGCCAUCGGCAACGCUCCGGCGUCGAAGACCCGAGGGCGUCAAAGUAAAGGACAAACGCGCCAGCUGCAUCAUUCCAAGAACUCUCAGCGCAAGGACGGAGCGCAAAGACUACGCUGCCAUCGGUGCGGGUCAACGCAGCAUCUCGCAAAUGCUUCGAAUUGUCCAGCGUUUCACAAGCGUUGCAACAGCUGUGGCAAGGUUGGUCACUACGCCACAGUUUGUCGAGCGUCGAAGACACCGACGAAAGUACAGGAGCUUUCUACAGAGGAGGAUGAAGUUCUAAAUGUCGUGGUACCUUCAAAGGAAGGGCAAGGUCUCUUCAUCGAAGCGCGUCUUGAAACUGUACCGGUAAAGUUCUUAAUUGAUACGGGAUCGUCAGUAUCCUUUCUGCAAGAAGAUCUCUUCAGGAGACAUUUCGCUCAUCGUUUCACUUUGGUUCCACCACGUACUGCUUUAGUGGAUUACUCAAGACGGAAGAUUGAUGUAAAGGGGUGCUUCGAGGCUGCCGUCACUUACGAAGACAAACACCAUGCUGUUCGCUUUUUCGUAGUUUCCAGAGGAACAACGUUAUUGGGACUUGACGCCAUCAAAGGACUCGGCAUACAUAUUGAAGGUGGAACACUCAGCUGCUAUGAAACGUCCUUCGCUUCAUCAAUGCUACCAGACUCACUUGCACAGGACUUCUCAAGACUAUUUUCAACAGAGCUGGGUUUGGCUAAGGGAUUUACCCACAAGGUGAAAGUUCGUCAAGAUGUCCCACCCGUAAUUGCUAAACUACGUCGACUUCCAUUGGCAGUUCGCGACGCUGUUACGGAAGAGCUGCGUCGCCUUGAAAAGGAAGACAUAAUAGAACGGGUUGAGGCGUCAGAAUGGGUUUCCCCCAUUGUAGUAAUUCCAAAAAAGGAUGGAAAGAUUCGCCUUUGUGUGGACCUUCGUGAGGUGAACAAAGCCAUCAUACCAGACCUGUUCCCUCUUCCACAUACAGAGGAACUGCUGAACGCGCUAGCAGGAGCUCAGUACUUCUCUCGAAUCGAUUUAACGUCAGCGUACCAUCAAGUCCUUCUGCAUCCUGAAAGUAGGAGCUUGACCACAUUUAUUACCCAUGAUGGACUCUACAGAUUCAAACGGGUCUGCUUCGGACUUUCAUCUGCGCCCGCCAUGUUUCAAAGAAUGAUGUCUUUGAUACUCAAGGAUUGCUCCAGAGUAUUAUGUUACAUCGACGACAUCAUUGUGUUUGGGAGACACAAAGCGGAACAUCAAGAAAAUCUUCGAAGAGUGCUCACCGUCAUUCGCUCAACCGGAUUGAAGCUCAAUGCAAAAUGUGUGUUCGAGACACAGGAGCUUGAAUUCUUAGGGCACCACGUAAGCACUCAUGGAUUACGUCCGCUUCGUUCUCAAGUGGAAGCAAUUACACAUGCACCAGCACCAAACGAUGUUGCUACCCUACGUUCGUUUUUGGGACUUGUAGGUUUUUACUCAAAGUUCGUCCCAAACUUUGCUACGCUCGUGGAGCCUAUGCGUGCCCUACUACGAAAAAAUCAACCCUUCCUGUGGACAGACAUUGUCAAUGACAGUUUCAAUGCUGUGAAGUCACUCUUCAGAGAAGACCGUGUCCUCCACCCGUUCGACCCUACACUACCAGUAAUCGUCACGACAGACGCUUCUUCGUACGGGUUAGGAGCUGUUCUGCAGCAAAUGCAAGGCAAUAUGUAUCGGACAGUUGCUUUUGCUUCACGUACCCUUUCUUCGCAAGAGCGCAAGUAUGCUGUAGCGGAAAGAGAAGCGCUGGCAUGCCUAUGGGCGUGCGAGCACUGGCACGUCUACCUUUGGGGUCGUCCUUUUCUUAUUCGCACAGAUCACCAAGCCUUGGUGACAUUGCUAUCGGCACGCGGCACAGGAAGACGUCCACUGCGACUUAGUAGAUGGACAGAGCGCCUUCUUCGUUACAAUUUCACAGUCGAGUACUGCCGUGGUACCGACAACAAAAUAGCAGAUGCGCUGUCGCGAUUGCCCCUGUCACACGAUGCCCAGACUGAAGAGCUUAAUCAGGAAUUCGACUUUGUUGGCCAAAUCGAAACGUCUGUAGCGAAGACAGACCUUCAAUUAGCAUCACGGAAUGAUCCGAUCUUGAAACAAGUCAUGGAGUUUGUGAUGGAAGGAUGGCCGUUAAAGCAAGACUUGAUACCAAGUCAUCAGCCAUUUUUUCGAGUUCAAGAGGAACUCACGGUAUUCGAAGACCUCCUAAUACGUGGAGAUCGCAUAGUGGUACCACCAGCGUUCACGGGACAUCUCAUACAGCUAGCUCAUGAAUCGCACCCAGGCAUCGUGCGCACCAAGCAGCGUUUAAGGGAGAAAUACUGGUGGCCACAGAUGGAUAAACAAGUUGAGAAUGCUGUCAAGUCGUGUCAUAUUUGUCAAGACGCCGAUAAAAGUGCGAAGACGGCUGACACGCCACUGCAACCCAUUCCGUUUCCGAGCAGACCAUGGAAGAAGGUAGCUGUGGACAUAAUGGGCCCUUUUGAAAAAGCUCCUCCUGACUGCAGAUACGCCAUCGUGAUGGUGGACUAUUUUUCUAAAUGGCCAGAGGUCAAGUUCUGCGCGAAUGUGACAGCAUCAACAAUUUUGGACUUCCUGAGAUCAGUGUUUGCACGUGAAGGCUAUCCGGACAACCUGGUGUCCGAUCACGGACCCCAGUUCAUUUCACAUCAGUUUGAACAGUUCCUCAGGGAUAGAGGCAUUCAACAUUCAUUUUCAUCUCUGUAUUAUCCACGUGCAAACGGGCUUGUUGAAAGGUUUAAUAGAGUUCUGAAAAACUAUGUUCAAGCCACGUUCUUGGAAGGAAGACCACUGCGACAAACCGUCACCGAGUACCUGGGAGUGUACAGAUGUACCCCGCAUGCAACUACCGGAAAAUCACCUGCUGAACUUUUACAUGGCAGGAAACCACGGACACGACUGGACAUCGUUGGGAUACCGUCAUCUUUACUUGAGGAUGAUCCUGCUGCAGCAAUGACCAAUUUACGUGAACGCGUGCGCAGGCAUCAGCAACAGAGCAAGACCUACACGGACCAGAAACGUAGUGCCAAAGCGCCAAAAUAUAAAGUAGGAGAUUACGUUCGGGUACGCAAACCAGGAUUCACUCCAAAAGGAAUGCCGUCAUUCUCCAAGCCACUCAAAAUCAUCCGACAAAAAGGGAGGUACUCGUUCCAACUAGCCGACGGCAACACAUGGAACGCAUCAAAGUUCGCACCAGCGGCUAUUCAACCAGCAAGCAGCAACCCCACACCUUCCACGGAAUCCUUCAGGCUGGAUUAUCCCACCUACAUUACUACUGCUAUGGAUGCCUCCGAUGUCCCUGUAUCCCAGUCACAACACGAGGCCAAUCAAGAAGCGGCACCACAAGUUUACCCCCCUGCUACUGGCAUCGGUGCGCCAACUGAUGUGCCAGGGGCAGGAUCACGUUUGCCUUCGAACGAAGGUGCAGGACAGCAGACACGUCUGCGGCCUCCGAGACAUAGACGUCCUCCAAAAAGAUACGGGGACCCCGUCGUUCAUUAA